AUGGCAACUCCUUUUGUACCUGUGCCUUUGCCUAUAGGUAGUUCAUCGGCAAACAUGGCAAGUAGAAGCCAGAGAAGUUCUUCCCUUGGAAGCACAUCAACAAGCUCAAACUCUUCACCGGAGGACUCCAACCCUGUGAGAUACAAAAAGAUGAGUGUUCCUGAUCAUGUGAGCUGUACAUCCUCUGUUUGCAGCAGCCCAAUCAUUAGGACUAAAUUUGACUCAUCAGUAGAGUACUGCACGCAGCCAGUUGCUAAGCAUGGACAUAUCCCUGAACCUGUGGAGGUUGAAGAAAGACCCUCUACUCCAUCAAUAUUGGGAUAUGAAGUCAUGGAAGAAAGAGCAAAGUUUAGAGUAUACAAGAUAUUGGUAAAAAAAAGCCCAGAUGAGAGUUGGGUAGUGUUCAGAAGGUAUACAGAUUUCUCAAGGCUAAAUGAUAAACUAAAAGAAAUGUUUCCAGGGUUCAGACUGGCACUUCAACCUAAAAGCUGGUUUAAAGACAAUUAUAACUAUGACUUCCUGGAGGAAAGACAGUUCGGGUUACAAGCAUUUCUUCAGAACUUGGUUGCUCAUAAGGAUAUUGCAAAUUGGUAAAAUAUUUGCAUUCUCUUUCACGCA